UUGUUAUCGUAGUUUUCCUAAUAUCACUUUUUUUUAUCAGAAAGUAAGUGUGAAUUAUUUGUUGUUUAGCCGCUCUUCGUGUGUCGUUCCCAUCUCUUCGUCAAUCCUUGAAGUCCUUGAUCCCCUCCAGUCAGUUGGCGCUGCUCGCGAUGGUGUCCAAGAACCAAUUCCAGCAGAACCGGCCCAUGCAGCCGCAGCAGUACCCACAGCCGCAGCAGCAGCAGCCGCAGCAACAGCAGUACCAGCAGUACCAGCAACAGCAGAUGCAGCAGCGCAACAAUCAGAACAACAACAUGAACAAUAAUAUUAACAGCAACAAUGCCCGAGCAGCUGCAGCUCCGUAUAGGAAGCCCUUCCGUCCGGGCAACAACAAUGGCUCCGGACCCGGCGGAAAUGGUAAUGGUAAUGGCAAUGGCAAUGGGAAUGGUGAUGGAAAUGGAAAUGGGAACAACCAGAUGAUGUUCUCCUCCAGCCAAAUGCCCAGCGAUCCUCUGUACAUCGACUUUAACAGUCCCACUCCGGGUAACCAUCAGAAUCAAGGCGAUGGUCUCAAGAAGAAGCCUCUAAAGGGCAUCAAGCAGCAGCAGCACACCAAUGCCAGCCAGCAGCAGCUGGGUAGGAUGAACAACAACCAGAACAACAAGCAGAUGAACCAGCAGCUGCAGCAGCAGCCCUACAACAACCAUAUGAACGGAGGCGACUGGCAACGCUUUCCAGGCCAUAACAAUCCCAACCAGAAUCGCGGCGGCGGUUUCAAUGGGUUCCAGCGCGGACCGCCACCGAAUCGUCCGCCUGGACGCCACAUGAUGGGUCCGCCCAUGGGCCCCAUGGGUCCCGGACCAGGACCCCGUGGCCCCGGCCCAAUGGGCCCGUACCCGCAGAUGCCUUUCCAGCCGCCGAUGCAUGGAAUGCGUGGACCACAUCCCAUGGGCGGACCACCAAUGGGUGGACCACCGCUGCCGCCACCGCCGCACUUUAUGCGUCGCAAUGGGCCUGGUCCCGGUCCGGGUCCCAUGAUGGGUGGACCACCGCCGCCACCCAUGCACCACAUGCACAUGGGUCCAAGGAUGCCACCGCGCGGCAUGCCGCCGGGUCCAGGACCCUUCCUCGGCGGCGGACCGAUGAACAUGAACGGCGGGCGGAUCACGAAGCCCAAUCCCAAGCUCAUCAAGCAGGCGCUCAAGGGCAAGAGCAGCAUCAAGACGCUGAAGAACCUGAUCAACCAGUACCCCAUCGACAAGCCCUGGGUCACGGACGAGAUACGCGACGAGCACGCCAAGAAGGUGGACAUCGAGAACCGGCUGAAGGGUCACAAGGACGAUGAGCUCUUUGCCCAGUACAAGGGGCAGCGGGACAAGUUCGUGGGCCUCUACGAGGCGGCACGGGAGGAGUAUCUCAAGCAGGAGGCUGCCAGCGUCAAGGCCAAGGAUGCCAAGUCAGACAAAGACAAAAACGAAAAUUCAAAUCAGAGCGCCGCCCCUAAGGCCGGAAGCGCUAAAGAUGCAACAAUUCCAAAUCCCUAGGCAGCCAAUGCAACCGAAACCGAAUCAAAUCGAAUCGAACCGAAUCAAGAUCAGGUCGACUCACAGAACAUAACAGAAACUAAAAUUUAAACGUAAAACUAACUAAUUCAAAACAAAAAGUCAAGAAAAAAACAGAAAAAUCAGAAAAAACAGAAAAAACAGAGAAAAGCGAGCAAGAGCAAGAGUCUGACAAUUGAAGACGUAUUGAACGCAAGACCCCGACUCGAUAUCGGCUAUACAUAGAGCCUUCUUCUCUCGAGGAGGUGCUUUUGUCACACGUUGCUUUUGCGACUGAGAACUGAGCUUAAUAACUAUAAUAUUGAAACAGAAAAAAAACACAAAAAACAAAAAAUAAAGAACAACAACCCCAGCGAUGAUUAUGUGGGAGAUUCUUUCUAAUGACAAAGAUAACGAUAAUGAAUAAUGCAUAACGAUUCACACAUUUUUAACGAUGAUUGUUAAUUGUGACCGUAACGUAAAGUAGAGUAUUGAAAUGUAACCGUAACGUAACAGUUUCCCUAUUCGAAAAAAACAACCAUCUCUUCAAUUCUAAGAUGCAGCAAUAUCAAUUAUUUGUACACAUAAUAAUACACCCUUAGCUACAUAUAUAUGCAUAUAUAUUGAUAUAAUAUAUAUAGAUAAUUAAUAUUAAUUAUUCUCUACCCGGUUGCUUGAGAUAUGCAGCGUUAUUGGAUCAGAGAGACCGGAUUCCAAGCAACCGGGUAUAAAUCACUCUGUAAGCCUUGGAUUACACCACUUGAUUGUAUUUUUAAAUUAAUUCUUAAAAAUUACAAAUUAAGAUCACUCUGUGAACGUGUUCUCGAUGGUGUGCAUCUACGGAUUUGUUUUUGUGUUCUUUUUUCCUGACUCCUGACUCCCGACCCCUGACCUCUGACCCUUGACCCUUAAUCCCUUUUCUCCCUACCGAUAGUAGAUUUAUUAUACUCUAGAUCUUGUGGACCCUCUUCCACCUGACAAGUAACCUUAAAGUAGCGAAUACUAGCGAAAAAGUAGCAAGUAAUUGUGGGGCCUAUUACGAAACUCGAGCAUAGCACCAAUUUAGAACCAGUUAACAACAAACCCUCGAUCAACAAUAAUUUCCUGGCCUUAAGUGGCAACAAAAAAAUGAAAAAAUAAAAAAACAAGUAACCACCCUCAGGUUAAGUUUAACGUUUACAUUAAACUCAAUGAGCGCCUUUAAAACAUCACCAAUUUCCAUGCAAAACAAUCAGUUAACAGCAAUAACUUAACUGACUUUGAAAUCAGCAGAGUUACAAAUAAUUCUAGGGCACAAUUAAGCAACAGUAGGCCACAAGGCAAAACCUAAUUGGACUUAAAGUAGGAUUCCUGUAAUCAGUGGGGAAACAAUUAACCCUCAGGUAGCUAAACAAAUAAACAAACUGGUAAAUAGGGAAUAUUAAGACUAAAUAUUUUAGCAUUUGGCACUUUGACCUUGCUUGUCAGGUGCCUUUGGGCCUUACUACCUUACAAAAAACUCCCAAAUCCCCCUCAAGAAUGAAGAAUACUGCAGAAUAAAGAGAGAUUUCCGACAAAAACAAAAAAUAAAA